AUGACUAAAAUACGGGCGUCAAAGCUACGUAAUAAACCAGAGCCUGAACUACAGAAGCAACUUGGAGAGCUUAAGACGGAACUUGGCAAUCUUCGUUUGUAUCGGGUAACGAGAGGCGCAUCCUAUCAUGGAAAAUUGAGGAAAAUCCGGACACUAAGAAAGUCCAUUGCCCGUGUAUAUACAGUUAUUCAUCAGGCGCAAAAACUUCGCCAACGUGAAGCUUAUCGUUCCAAGAAAUACGUUCCCAAAGAUUUGAGACCAAAGAAGACCAGAGCAAUACGCAGAAGACUUAGUAAGAAAGAGCAGUCAAUUCACUCUGCGCGUUCAAUGCGCAAGGCACGUGCCUUCCCUCCACGUGUAUUUGCUGUUAAGUGCUAA